UCUAAUUAUAUUCAUCUUAAUCAAUCGCUAUUUGCUUAUCUAUUGCAACUAUUAUGCUUGAAUUUUUGUUUCAUUCUUUCCAUUGCUUUCAUUAUUUUCUUUGCUUCCAUUCCUUUUUUUUUACAUUGUAUUACAUAAUAAUACAUUGAUGAUCAAAACUGAAAAUUGAGUAGUAGGUAUGUUAGUAGGUAAAAUUAGUUGCCUAGUUAGGCAUAAAUGUCGUAGGUGUAAGAAUGGUGUAAGAAUGCUUAAAAAUGGUGUGAAACUCAUAAAUGUUUCUGAAACGUUUUUUAGGCAAAACAAAAGUGCCUUUCUUGUAUCUUUAAUGGGUAGUAAAGCUCAAAAUAUGCAUUUUCCUGCAUCUUGUACCUAACCAUCAUUAAUAUGUAGUAGAGCCUACUUCUUGCAUCUAUAUAGACAAUUUCUUGAAUCAUUUCUUCAUACUUGGUCUCAUGGACCUGAACCAUGAUAAUGAUGUUGUUGUCACAAAAACUAAGAAAAAGAAAUUCAAACCACUAUGGACGGAUUCUGCCCAUAUGAUAUUUCUUGAGUUAUGCUUGAAUGAGAUUAGAAUUGGGAACAAGCCAACCGGUUACUGCAAUGCCGUUGGGUAUAAGAACCUGGAGAAGUACAUGAAAGACCGUACUGGGAAAACUUUUGACCGCAAGCAAAUUAAAAACCAUUGGGAAGGUAUGAAGAAAGAAUGGAAGUUGUAUGAUCGUUUAAUGAGACUUGAAUCUGGAAUUGGGUGGGAUCCCGUGAGAAAGACGAUUGAUGCAUCGGCUAGUUGGUGGGAUGAAAAAAUAAAGGCAGAUAAUGACCUUGCCAAGCUAAGAGGGCAAAAUUUAGAGAUGUAUAAAGUUUUUAACGAGCCUUUAUUUCGAGAUUAUGUUGCUGUUGGAGAUAACACAAAGACUCCUUCUGAGUUUCAGAAUGAUAAAGAUGAAGACCUCAUUGAAGGGAAAGGAGAUAGUCACGAGAUCAAUGUUUCUAGUGAUGAUCAGGAACCUAUUUUUCCCGAAAGCAGUUCAAGUAAAAGGAAGAAGUCUAAGAAUAAUGCCUCUUCUCGUUCAACUAAGGGAAAAACUUCAAUAACUUCUUCAUUUGAAGAUAAACUUGUUGAUGUUAUGCAAGCUCUAUCAUCGAGAAGCUCACAAACGUAACCACCGCAAAACUUAUCACCUUCCACCAAAGAAUGUAUGGACAUUGUGUUAACCUUUCCCGGUUUUGAAGAAGGUUCAAGGAAUUACUGUCAUGCACUAGACAUCUUCUUAAAAAAGCAAGCUCGUGAAAAUUUCAUGGUUCCAACAAGUGACAUGGCAAAGAUGGAGUUUUUAAAAUAUCUAAUGGAUAAGUGAUUUUUCUUUAGGCUUUGGCAUUCUCUUUAGUUGUGUGUUUCCUUAGAAUUCUUUAGGAUUUGGCAUUCUGUUUAGUUGUUCGAUCUUGUCUAGCUGUGUUUUUCCUUAGCAUUCUGGUUCUGUGUGUUUCCUUAGUAUUCUGGUUCUGUGUGUUUCCUUAGCAUUCUGGUUAUUUAACAUUCUGGUUAGCUAUUUUUAUUUAUCUACGUGUUUCCUUA